AUGUUGGAAGACGUGCUCUACGAAAUUUUGCCUGUAGUCGGCUUUGCUUUGUCCGCCUCCAGCAUUCUCGUCUUGAUCGUCAUGAGGAAAGCUGCCGGCGCUUUUCGGUUCACGGUCUGGUUCGCCGCCAUUGACCUCAGCGCUGGUCUAGCUACCAUCUAUGCAGGAUUCUAUGGAGUUGCGUUGACAGUUUUCGGAAAAACUGGAGAGGUACGGACGCCGUUCAAAUGCCUUUUUGGCGGAGCUCUUCAUGUACCUGUAUGGCUAUUUCUUGACAUCUUUCACAUGGCAACUCUUUCACUAUUCUGUUUUGAUCGCCUUGUCUUCAUGUUGGUGCCAGUUAUCUACGCAAAGGUUUCUCGCGUUUAUCUGAACUCGCCGUUCAUACUCAUUCUCGGCUUAUUCAGCUGUGCUGUCACCGCACCAGCACUUUCAUUGUCUCUUGAGUCCUAUAAAAAUGCCACCAUUCUGGUACCUGCUCUCUGCCGCUUGGAUUCCGUCACUGGACAAGAAUACUACGGCAAUCAUUUGAUGGCAUUGCAGUGGAUGCCAAUAAGCGGUUUGUUCAGAAAUCUGUCCGCCUUCAAAUAA